GAGAAUUUCAUCUGAAUUCUCCUCCCACUACCACUAUAAAAUUGUAGAAACUGAUAAGGCAGGCAGGUGCGCACACUCACACGAACACACACACAUAUAUUCAUCCACAUACUACUUUUUAGCUACACCCAAAUUAGAGAAGAAAGACAAUGAAGACAGCAUGAGGACGAUAAUAACUAUGAUGAUUAUUCUCUCCAUGACAUGUGUAGUCGAGGUAUCCGGACAGAGCAAAAUCAGGCGGAAGAGAACAUGGAUCAUUGACUCAUUCUCUAUAGAGGAAGAAAACCCAGGCCCUUACCCAUAUGUACUUGGCACGAUAAAUGUGGAGCGCGAAUAUUUGGUAUUUUUCUUUAUCACAGGAAGAGGUAUUGAUAAGGACCCUGAAAAUGUGCUGAGUAUCAACUCUAGAACUGGUGAAGUGCUCGUGCAUAAGAAGGUCGACUAUGAGGCGUAUAAAAAUCUCUCGUUCACCUUUGAAGCAAGGAAUAAUCUUUUUGCUGUGGACACAAAACUUGGAGUUGAGAUUAAGAUUUUGGAUAUCAAUGAUAACGCUCCUGUUUUUAAUUCUUCUCUCUAUGAAACAACACUUGAUGAAUCUGCGCCUCAAGGUAUACUGGUCACCACAGUCGCUGCUUCAGAUCUUGAUGACCCAAACACACCCAAUGGCACCUUCAAAUUCACAAUUGCCUCCGUGACACCAAAAACAGAUAAUGUUGAAUUCUACAUCCAACAGAACAACAACACAGGAAGUAUUUAUUUCAAAGGCUGCUUGGACUACGAGAAAGCACCGAAAUAUACCCUCCUGAUCAAAGCUACAGAUAAUGGAAACAAAGUGCAGCAGUCCAGCACAAGCACAGUGGUCCUGAACAUCAUCGACAAAAACAAUAACCUCCCUCGAAUCACCAAUCACACAGGUCCUGCAAGGAUAAAAGAACGAGAGACUGGAGUAGAAGUUCUGCGCUUGCAAGUCAGUGACAAAGACAGUAUAGGGUCACCAGCCUGGAAAGCUAAAUUCAUUCUUCAUGGAGAUCCGGAGAACUAUUUUAAAAUCCAGACAGACCCCAAAACUAAUGAAGGAAUCCUGACCGUUGUGAAGAUAGUGGAUUACGAGGACAAAAUGUCAAGGAAUCUGUCAAUCAAUGUGGAAAAUGAGGUGCCCAACUUCUCCUGUAGGGUGAAAACCCGUACAUCAAGGGGCUUAUGGGAUGUAGAGACUGAUCCCAAAGAGUUCAAUGUGCCUUAUAAUGUCACCAUCAAUAUUGAGGAUGUCAAUGACCCGCCAGAAUUUGUAACACCUAUUAAAGAAAUAUGGAUUGCGGAGAAUACAAAAAUAGGUACCCUCUUGGAAACUUUCUCAGUCAUAGACCCGGAUAAGAAAUUUGAAAGUAAAUUUCAGUUCAAUAAAACAGAAGAUAAAAAUAACUGGGUAACUGUUAAUCAAGAAACUGGUCAGGUUUUUGUGAACAAAGUUAUGGACCGAGAACGUCUGAAUGACGGUGCUUAUCGUGUUAUUGUGCAUGCUGUAAGUAAAGAUCGUACACAGACUGGUACAGGGACGCUGCUCAUACACUUAAAAGAUGUGAAUGAUAAUGUACCAUUGUUGGUGAACAAUACAGUGGAAAUGUGUGAAUCACACAAAAAUACUAACAUCGCCGCUAAUGAUGCAGACCAAAUGCCAAACAGUGGACCGUUUCAAUGGGUACUGGAAGAUGACCAAACGGAAGGAAAAUGGAAGAUUGUUCCAAUCUCUGGGAUAACCGCGAGGCUGGACAAACAGGACACAGUCCAUGAAGGCAUUUAUGAGAUCAGGAUCAAAAUUUCAGACAACCAAGGACAUGGUUCAGUCCAAACCCUGUCUGUUAAAGUGCGUGACUGCACCAAAGAACAUAUGGGCUAUUUCACUGUCCAGCUAAGCUUUAGUGCUAUUUGGAUAGUUAUCUUUGCUUUACUGCUUCUGCCAGGGGCUCUCCUGAUGACUCUUCAAUUCUGCAAAAAGCAAAAGAAUGCUAUGAUCCUACAUGAUGAUUUUCCUGGGCAUCUCAUUAAAUCAAACAUUGAAAUGCCUGGCACAGACUGUGAGAUCCCACUUCAUAUAUCCCAACUCCUCAUGAGCCAGAGCAAGGUGAAGAUGUCCAAUGGCUCCUCCAAACAGCUUUCAAUGCUUCACAACGGCUUACAUGGGAGUUCUGCAACAUCAGUUGAAAAUCAAAUGUUUGGAAACUUCCACUUGAGGCCUUCUAUAGGACAUCCAUAUCAAAAGGUCACAAACGAUGACAUGACGGUGUCAAUGAGCAAAAACUGUACUAAUCACAUCAAGGACUUUCCUAUUAACACAAUCCUGUCAAAUCAGCUUAAUCAGAGACUCCUCCUGCUCCAGACUUCAGAACAGGAGCACAGCGAUUACAAGCCACACAGCUAUGCGUAUGAAGAAGAACCAGAUAAAAUUCCUGUUGAACAUCUUGAUACCCUCUCCAUUCCUGAGACUAAUUUUAAUCUGGACAUCCUCACAAAUCUAAAUGUACGCUUUACCAGCCUGGCAGCUGUGUGUAGGCCUGAUUUAAUGUCACCUACCUGAGGUGAAAUUUAAUCCAAUCUGUAUCUAUAUGGUAAUUUUCUGGAGUCAAAUUUACUCGAGACAGAUUCGUGGAACAAAACAUUGUGAACUUUUAAUCUGACUGGGUUCAAGGUGCAUUAAGACCAAACAUAAAUCAAAUUUCCUGGAUAAAAUGUCAGUUCAAUUGAGAGGAAAAAAAACAGCAGAAACACACAAUGAAAAUCAACAGCUAACAUGUCAUCUUGGUCAACCCUGAAUUUUUUGCACCAAUAAAAACAAGAAGAAGAAGAAGAAGAAGAGGAGGAGGAAUAGUAAAGAAAGGACAUGUUGUGGUGUCUUCUUUCUUGGCUUAUUAAAAAGCAGAAAAAACAGAACUUUUGCCAAUUUUUAAUGCAGCUUGCCACUGACAUCUGAAAAACAAUUCAUUUCAAUCAAAAAAUGUGUCCAUCCUUAUUUCAAGUUCCAAUGGAGACUAUUUUUCUUCAAGCAUAAGCUAUUUUUGGUUAAGUCAUUUCUGUUCAGCGUUAUUUGUCAGCAUUACCUUUACAACAGCUCUAUUAGUAAGCUACUCGAAAAGAUUUUUUUCACAUGUACACACACACACACACACGUGUACAAACAUUUUAAGUGGUAAAUAAACUUCAGCAUCCAUUUAAAUCAGUUUGAAAUAACAUGCCUCUAUUAAAAUAUUCAAUUUAAUGUAAAUUACAGUCAACAGUCAUCACUGCCGUUACUCCAGAAGCAUAAUCUCUUAGAUUUCUUCUCUCCAAAUGUCCAAGUUGUAGACACAGACAAUAAAAGCCUUUUUCAAUGUUGUAUUAAACACAUUAAGUGAGGAUUUAUUAUUGGUCGUACUAAAUGGUAUUGGGUUAACCAAGAUUUAUGUAUGUUGGGUGAAAUUUGUCACAAACAGGGCUAUAUCUCAGUUAUUCACAAGUCAGUUUGUGCCCCACCCCCAUUUUUUGCAUGAUAUUAGCUCAAAACACUGGCCCUAUUACUGACACUAGUAUCGCAAUCCAUAGAUGUAUGGCAGCCAGUUGGAUUCUUCUGUUUGCAUGUUUGCACAGUAAAAUAACACAUCAAUAGUUUUCUGAAAACUCAAUAGAGCUUUAAAGAAAGCCCAUCAAGGCUUUAGAACUUUAUUCAAAUAUACUGUGUGUGCACGUCUUUUUUUUAUUUGUAAGAGAUAAAUUUAAUAUGAAAGUUAAUGUGCAUCUAAAAAUAAGUAAAUAAAUAAAUAAGUGAGAGUUAUGUUUUAAAAAAUGUUACUUGCUCACUGAAUCAGCAUUUUAAAUACUCAAUGCAACAAAAGUGAUUUUGAAGGUUAUGUGUAUUUCUUUGAGUCUACAUUUUGUUAGACACAAACAAGAUUUUACACAACUGCAUCACUGGCCAUUUACAGCAGAAGGUUCAAUCAAGGAAAAAGUUUAAAUGCACAUAAGCGCAUGUUUAUGUAGGUACUGAUUUAUGAGAUCUCUAAAAGAAACAGAAUAUUUAAUUAAAAUUAGCCUUAACAAGUUAAAUCAUUAUCAGUGUAGAUCCAGUUUUAUGAGUUAUGUAAGGUGCAUAUACAAUGCAGUAUACAAUGCAGCAAUGUGUAAAAAUUAAAGGGGUUCAUUCUAGUGAUUUAAACUGUACAAUGGGUGUACCCCAAGGAUCUUACGAUAUUAGGCCCUUUAUUAUGUCUGUACAUUAAUGACCUUCUACAGUACACAUGCGAGAACA